UCAAAGUUGAUAAAGCUUCUAAAUAUGAUUAUCAGUCAAAGUUGGUGAAGCUUCUAACUUCCUAAUACCGCAAAUGAAUUAUUGUAUCAAAUAUCGAUUUUCAUAUUAUUAUUUUGGAUCAAAUAUCGAUUUUCUUAUAUUUCAAUCAUGUUAUGGAUGGUGAUAAUCGAAUAUACGUUCGACAUAUCAAUAGGACCGAUGACUCUCUGGAGGUUGGAGAAUUAAGUUUGAGUUUACAUAACUACAUAAAACAUGAAAUGAAAACAUUCAUUAAAAGCAACUAAACAUGGCACCAUAGAUUAAGGUUAGGGAAGAUUGUGACGACGCAAAAGACAAAACCAAAAUCCAGACGAUAACGUUUGUGGAGUAGAAUCGAAAAGGGGCUAUAGAGCAGAUUACAUCUGUUUUGUUUCCUUGGCUUUUUGGAAAACGAAUAAAUAUUAAUACAGCUUGAGCUAAAUAAUUUAGCUAAAGUUUCAAAUAUAUGCAGACAAGUUUAUCGUUUAGAUCUUGGAAAAUCAUUACACUAUCAAAAAACGAUUUUGCAUAUAUUACCUGUAAAGAGUAAAGAGAUAUUUUUAACAAAAAAAAGAGUAAAGAGAUAUGAAAUAAAAAGAACAAUUGUCUAAACAACCAACAUAUAUCUAUCUUUUUAUCGUCCACUAUAUAGUAAUUUCACUGACCUUUACUCGCAAUCAUUUCCAAAUCAGGAAAUUUACUCAAGAAAGUAAAAUAUGACAAGAAAAAUAAAUAAACUUUCUAUUAUUUACAAAGUAUUUUGUAUUUUGAUAUUUUAAAUAAAUAAAGAGAAUUAUGAAGCGAUCACACAUGGAAAGAGAAGCACAAUAAUUCAGAGAAUUUAUAAAAGCAACAAAACCCAACACUUCCUUACAACUUUCCACACCAUCAUAAUAGAGAUACAACAACUUCUCUUGAUUAAUGCAAGAAUUAUAUAAUAAUAGAUAUCAAUUGUUGUAUUUCUAAAACUAAAUGAUUGUCCCUACAAAAGCAUUUUGUAAUUGGAAAAGAUAUGGAUGGAGGCACAAUCUGUACACAUGGGGACUCAUGAAAAAAGGAUAAGCUCUUUCUGGGUCCCAAAGUCCUCAUCUCAUUUCAAGAGAUAGAGAAGGAACUUUCCAUAACCAACAAUUAAUUAUCUCUAAAAUAUAUAAUUCCUGUAGUCCUCCACUAACUAAGUAUCAUUAAAGCUAUAUAUAAACAACAAUUUCAAUCAUUCAAGGGAAUAAAACAGCAUAAGAGAAACCAGAGCAAAAGAAAAAAGAUCUAGUAAUGAUGUCUUCUGAUUACUCACCUUCUUCAUCUCACCAAGAACAUUUCAUCAACAGCUUCCUCUCAAGAAAAUUGCUUCAGCAACUUCCUUUUCAUCACAACAUACAGCAACAACAACAAGCUCAAGGACAAGACAAGAGCAACUUGAGCGGCAACAUUCUCCUGCUUCUCUCUAUCCUUGUCUGCGGUAUCAUCUGCUCACUAGGGUUGCAUUACAUAAUCCGUUGCGCCUUUAGACGUUCCUCGAGUUUCCUGAUCUCUGAUCCCAUCUCAAUCCCGUCCACACCACGAGGCUCAGCAGCAGCAAACAAAGGCAUCAAGAAGAAAGUUCUCAAGAUGUUCCCGGUAUUGACUUACUCACCUGAGAUGAACUUGUCAGGGGUCGGCGAAGAGUGUGUUAUUUGCUUGUCUGAUUUUGUAGCUGGAGAACAGAUACGGCUACUUCCUAAGUGCAACCAUGGGUUCCACGUUCGUUGUAUCGACAAGUGGCUUACGCAACAGAUGACUUGUCCGAAAUGUAGACACUGUCUGGUUGAUACAUGUCAAAAGAUCUUAGGAGACUGUGACGAAGCUGAUGAAGUUGCAGAAACAACAACGGAGAGUAUAGAUGUUAUAAUUGCUCCUACAGAACCUGAAGAAAGAGUCAACAGCUAGAGAGUAUGUGCCAAUAAACAACUAGAUUUUCAAGAUUUUAGUUCUUCCACAUGAUUGGAACACAGUUUAUGUCCCUAGCCAGUAGGAUUCCAAAAUCAAACACAAUGGAGCUUUUGUUUGUUUUUCUUUUUGCCUCAAUGCUCAAAAUGUACAGAGAAUAUAUCUUAAGCUUUCCAUGGCAUCAUAACUUCAUCAGACUUUUCUGUGUUA